CGGAGUCUGGAAACGCAAAGCCGGCGGCGAAGUCGUCGUCAACGCCGCAAGUCACAACACUGGAUUAGGGUUCAAUUUCAGUCCGAGUAGAGGGCUUAAAACCCUAAAAAUGGACGGUGCAUUCGCCAGCGCCUCCGCCAUAAGCGACCAGCGCCAGAAAAUUGAACAGUACAAGCACAUUCUCUCCACCGUGCUCGCCUCAAACGACAUCGUCCAGGCCAAGCGAUUCAUCGAUCACAUUAUAUCUGACGAUGUGCCGUUGGUGGUAUCACGUCAACUUGUACAGACGUUUGCUCAAGAACUGGGGAAGCUUGAGCCGGAGUUCCAGAAAGAAAUUGCACAUUAUACGCUGAACCAGAUUCAGCCUAGGGUUGUCUCGUUUGAAGAGCAGGUGUUGAUUAUAAGAGAGAAACUUGCAGAAUUGUAUGAGUCUGAACAACAGUGGUCUAAAGCUGCCCAGAUGCUCAGUGGAAUUGAUCUUGACUCUGCAAUGAGAGUUGUUGAUGAGACUUUCAGGCUUUCAAAAUGUGUCCAAAUAGCACGGUUGUAUCUUGAGGAUGAUGAUGCCGUCAAUGCUGAAGCUUUUAUGAACAAAGCAUCUUUUUUGGUUAGCAACAGUAAAAAUGAAGUGUUGAAUUUGCAGUAUAAGGUCUGCUAUGCUAGGAUAUUAGAUUUGAAGAGGAAAUUCUUGGAAGCUGCCUUGCGUUAUUAUGACAUUUCACAGAUUGAGAAGCGACAAAUUGGAGAUGAGGAAAUCGAUGAAGCAGCUCUUGAGCAGGCUCUAACUGCUGCUGUCACGUGCACAAUUUUGGCUGCUGCUGGACCUCAACGUUCUCGCGUACUUGCUACUUUAUACAAAGAUGAGCGCUGCUCAAAAUUGAAGAUUUUUCCAAUCUUGCAAAAGGUCUAUCUAGAGAGGAUUCUUAGAAAACCUGAAAUUGAUGCUUUUGCUGAAGAAUUAAAACCACAUCAGCAAGCACUACUUCCAGAUAACUUUACUGUUCUGGAUCGUGCUAUGAUUGAACAUAACCUUUUGAGUGCUAGCAAACUCUAUACAAACAUUAGCUUUGAUGAGUUGGGCACACUGUUGGGAAUUCCUCCCCAAAAGGCUGAGAAAAUAGCAUCAAGAAUGAUCUGCGAAGAUAGAAUGAGGGGAUCUAUUGAUCAGGUUGAAGCUGUUAUACAUUUUGAAGAUGACACGGAAGAAUUGCAACAAUGGGAUCAACAGAUCGUCGGCUUGUGUCAAUCUCUUAACGAUGUUCUAGACAGCAUGGCAAAGAAGGGCCUCCCUAUUCCCAUCUAAUUGUUUUGUGGCUCCCCCUCUUAACAUUUCAUGUUUCUUCAAGUUGUGUUGUCUAUAUUCUGUCUGCAGUCCAAACAAGCUUUUACAUAUUUUUGUUCUGCAAUCUCGAUACAGCUUCUUGUAAUGUCCAAGUGAUUAGAAAACAGGUUUGGUUUUUGGUGCUCCUUUUUAAUUUUUUUGAAAGGAUUAUUGUUACAAGUAGCUUGUUAUCCUAAAAAUUGUGCACAUCAUUUUCUGAACAUAGUCGAAUCUUUUAACGGCAUGUUUGUCAAUUGG